UCACAGCAGCUCUUGUAGUCACGUUCAUGUUUUGGUGCAUUAGCCUGGUUAGCCCGUUAGCUGAGCUUCUGUUGUAGAUCAUUUAGCGAUGAAUAAAGGGAAAGCUAGCGGCGUGUCGUGGGUCAAACCGGCGGAGCCGUCCUUUCUGAAGAAGUUUAAAACCGACGUGGGAUACAAAGAAGGACCAAAUGUUGACACCAAGCGUCAGGCGAUGCCCACGCCGGACGACGACAGCGGAAGCGACCGAGAAGACGAACUGCCUCAAGUCGUGGUCCUAAAGAGCGGAGACCUGAGUGCAGACGAAGUGAAGAAACUCAAGGGUGAACUGCAAACCGGAGGCGAGGGUGAGAAAGGUGAAGAAGCUCCUCCGGAUGGCAAAAUUCUCUUCAAGAAACCAGCCAAGCGCUUGUCCUCUGACAAGUUCCAGGGCAUCACUGCCAGCUCCAGCAAGAAGAAGAAGGAAGACAGAGCAGGAGAGCAGGAGGAGGACAAAGACAGAAAAUCUGGGAAGAAAGUUAAAAAUAACAGUCUGCUGUCAUUCGGAGAUGAUGAAGAGGAAGAGAACGAUUAAACGGAAGACACGAGUGAAGGAUAGAAACCAGAAGCGAUGUUGAGGAGUUAAAUGUUGUCAUGUUUGGUCUGAAAGGACGUCUCCAUUCUCCUGUGUUUGCUGCUCAGAAAUCUGAGAACAGUUUUCACCUCCAGCUGGACCAGCGAUCAUUUCUGACAAAAUCCACAACCGCUUUCAUGUGUAUCCGGUACCGCUCUGACGUCUCCAGCAAUUCCUCUACUCUUUCUGUUGCUUUUAAAAGCCAUACUUUUUCAGACUGAGUUUUUUCAGAGUUUCUAAAACUCUCCAUUGUUC